CACUUGCGCCGGAACAGCGUUGCAGCAUUGCAUUGUAGCGACGACGACGACGACUGGCCGCGACAAGCGGCGAAUGAUCACGUGAUCGAGGAAAUCGACUUCUUAGUUUGUGGCCACGAGGUUUUGUGGUGGAAAUUAAAAGUUAACCGGGGUCGUUGAAAAAGGACCACUAUUUUUGUAUAGAAAUACAAAAAUGCCCUCCAGCAAUCCCUUGCCACCAAAAGAAAAUGCCUUGUUUAAGCGAAUAUUGCGAUGUUACGAACACAAACAGUACAAAAACGGUUUGAAAUUUGCUAAGCAAAUAUUGUCGAAUCCAAAAUUCAGCGAGCAUGGGGAGACCUUGGCCAUGAAAGGUCUUACUUUGAAUUGCUUAGGACGCAAAGAAGAGGCUUAUGAUCAUGUCAGACGAGGCCUCAGGAACGAUCUACAGUCCCAUGUUUGUUGGCACGUCUACGGCCUUUUGCAACGAUCCGACAAGAAAUAUGACGAAGCUAUAAAGUGUUAUCGCAACGCGCUCAAAUGGGACAAGGACAAUAUUCAGAUCCUCAGGGAUUUGUCAUUGUUACAGAUACAAAUGAGAGAUCUGGACGGCUACAAGGACACGAGAUAUCAGCUAUUUAUGCUAAGGCCGACGCAACGCGCCUCUUGGAUAGGUUUUGCAAUUUCGUAUCAUCUGUUGAGGGAUUACGAGACCGCUCUCAAGAUACUAGAUACUUUUCGCGAUUCCCCUAUGGUUUGCUACGAUUACGAGCACAGUGAAUUGUUGCUCUAUCAAAAUCUGGUGAUUCAAGAGUCCGGCGAGAGCGAACAGGCCCUCAGACAUCUCGAUAAGUACGGCGAUCAAAUAUGCGACAAAGUCACCGUCAAAGAGACUUAUGGGAAACUCAGACUCGAGCUCGGACAACACGGGGAAGCGGUUCAAGUUUACAAGGAUUUAUUGAAUAUUAAUCCCGAGAAUACGACGUAUUACGGGAAAUUAGCCGAAGCCGAGAGACACGCGAGUCCGGAGGAUACACUUCGUAUGUUACAGAAAUACGAACAACUUUUCCCGCGCGCUCUCGCUCCGCGUCGUCUUCAAUUGAAUUACGCGACGGGCGAUCAAUUCAAGCAACUGGUCGAUCAAUAUUUGCGAAAAGGUCUUCACAAAGGUGUUCCACCGUUGUUUGUAAAUUUACGCUCUUUGUACACCGAUCAACAAAAGGUCGAUACGAUACAAUCGUUGUUACUCCAGUACAAAGACGCCUUGAAGAACCAUGGCCACUUCAGCGAUCUCGAGAAAGAUAAUCCACGCGAACCAGCCUCCGCCCUCCUGUGGACUUAUUACUAUUUAGCUCAGCAUUACGAUCAUCUUGGAAUAACGGAGAAGGCCCUCAACGAAAUCGACGCUGCCCUGGCUCAUACUCCUACUCUCAUAGAACUUUUCGUAACCAAAGGUCGCAUUUAUAAGCAUGCGGGCAACGUUCAAGACGCGUACAAAUGGCUGGACGAGGCCCAAGGUUUGGACACGGCUGAUCGUUACAUCAAUUCCAAAUGUGCCAAGUACAUGUUGCGAGCAAAUCUUAUAAAAGAAGCCGAAGAGACUUGCGGCAAAUUCACGAGAGAGGGCGUACUCGCGAUGGAAAAUCUCAACGAGAUGCAAUGCAUGUGGAUACAAACGGAAGCGGCGAACGCUUAUCGGAGACUCGGAAAAUACGGGGAUGCCUUGAAAAAGUGUCACGAGGUUGAUCGACACUUUUCCGAAAUUAUCGAGGACCAGUUCGACUUUCACACGUAUUGCAUGCGGAAAAUGACGCUGCGCUCGUACGUUGGUCUUCUGAGGCUAGAGGACGUACUGCGUUCACAUCCGUUCUAUUUCAAGGCCGCGAAAUGUGCAAUGGAAGUUUAUCUUCGGCUUCACGACAAUCCUCUGCCCGACCCAACGCAGAUUCAAGAGAUCGAUACCGAAAAUUUAGCACCCUCGGAAUUGAAGAAACUGAGAAACAAGCAAAGAAAACAGCGCAGGAAGGCCGAACUGGAGAGGCAACAGGCUGCGCAAGCUCAAGAGAAAAGGGAACAACACAACAAGUCACGGCAGCAGGCUGAUCCUGACUUCGAACAACCCACUCUCGACGAACUUAUACCGGAAAAACUGGAAAGGGUCGACGAUCCGUUGGAACAGGCAAUUAAGUUUUUGCAGCCUCUGCAGAAUCUUGCAUCGGACAGAAUCGAGACGCAUCUGACGGCUUUCGAGAUAUACAUUCGUAAACAUCGAACUUUGCUAAUGCUACAGUCAAUAAAGCGAGCCCAUCGAUUGGACGAGAAUAAUCCGGAUCUUCACGCGUGUCUUGUACAAUUUAUGCGUCAUGCAGAAUCGGAAAAGUUGGAGGGACCGGUCGCCGAAGUGGUCAAUCGUCAAACACGCAACAUAUUCUCCAAUUCGAACGCUAAUCAAUUGAACGCCGAUUUUUUGAUGAGAAACAGGCAAUCGUAUCCCCAUCUUUUUCAAGGUGCUCGCAUGAUGUAUUUAUUGGAUCCGAGUACUCAAGCCAAGGCCCUCUCUCUCGUAACCGACAUUGAGUCCUCCGCUUUGGAGGGUGUUACAUUGUCGAUAUGCGUUCGAGUUCUCGAUUCAUUGAGAAACAACGAAUUCGGUGCUUGCGAGACAACGAUAGCCGAAUAUAUGGAAAAAUGUCACAAACGUUUUACUUACGCAACCGCGUUUCGACCGCCCGAGGCUACUAAGACGACGAGCAACUUGAAUCAUCAAGAUAAGGAAAACUCCAUUACCAGCCGUCUCGAAUGAUCCUCGAGUCUUUCCCUCGGACGCGUUCAAAUUUCCCUCAUAGAAUUAGCCAAUCGACACGAGACGAAGGUUUUUUUUUUUAAUUGUACCAAGUAACAAUAAACGAAAACGAAACACAUAACAUAACACGAAGAAGAGGAUCGCGAUAAAACACGUAUUGAAUGAUUAAUCUUAAUCAAGAAUUUUCCUAUCGAAUUACGUGAAACAGACGGGGAGGGGUAUGAAGAAAAAAAAAUUAUCAUUGCUCCUGCAUCCUGUAAGAUUUCGAUGCGACGGCUGCGGCAGAACGAAGCAAAAAAAAAACUGAAAUUUCAGAACGAAAACUGAAACCUGUGACUGGAUUGACGUUACAGCAAGUGUGUAACGGUCGGUGCUAGUGGUCGGACAGUGCUGGAUGAACUAUCUUAACGAAUUCUAUGUGACACUUAUUAAUGCGUGUUCAAAAAAAAAAAAAAAAAAAAACGCUCCUUACACAUUCACGGUCUGCAGCAACUAUUAAUGAUAUAUUAUUGAUGGAGACACGGAGGAGCGCCGAUGACGACGACGACGACGACCAUGAUGAUGAAUAUGAAGGGGGAGAACGCACACCGUGAUUGUGAGUUUAAUCAAGAAUAACGAUUACAUGCGAUCCAUCCGAGCUCCUGAGAGAUAAACAAAAUUGUGGUUGGAGUGUGCGCGUUCCACUGGUGAAAAACAAAAUUUAUAUAUAUUACGAAAUAAACGGAGAGAGAGAGGAGACAAAGGCAAAAGUUGUAUACGUUUGUAUUCGCGCAUUCUUCAUUCAUCAAUCGUUUAUAACGCAAACAAAUCACAAACCGAGUCGAAGUCAAAUUUUACGUCCAUCGAGCACUGAUAAAACUACGAGACCGAAAACGGAAGAAAAAAUACUUUACUUAAAUUGUUUUUUUUUUUUUUUUCUUUUUUAUCGUAGCCUCAUGGAGUUUUAAGAAUAUCAAUAUGUUUAGUCAUUGAAACUAUUCCAUCUCAACCUCGCACUUUUUCCAAUAUGAACAAAGAUAAACAGAAGAAUGAGCGGCGUAGCUGGGGGAACUCAUUUCUGUUUUUCUCAACAUACACCUUAUCAGGAAUUUUUUUCUCGGUAUCGACGGUGGAAAUUGGAGAAAAAUCGAAUUUUUUAUCUAUAACAUAUGAUUUUGCACAACCGUUUAAAAUUUUUUCUUUCGAUUUCGGUUUGAUAUACUUGACUGAAUAGAAAUUUUAUUCCUCUGUCACGUAGUUUUUUUUUGGUAUAAAAAAUCGAAGAAUCCAUUUGUUAUUAAUGUCAACGUUUUAUUUUUCAAACAUAUAAAUAUUAUUUCGUUUUGCUUUUUUUUCCUCCAAUAACUGUAACAUCCAAUGGCAUCAACAAUAGGAUGAAGAAAUCUUUCGAUCAAUCUGAUAAUUGCUUGAGAAAAGAAUUUCAAACGGUGAAAUUGAAGUAAAAAAAAAAGAAAAACCUGUCUCCGUCUGUAUGUAAUAUACAGAAACUCUGCUACGUUAUUAAGCUCGGAUGAAAAAGUGGAAAAUGAGAAAAAAAAACUGAUUUCAAUUAUACAGCGUACUUGAAUAAUUUACAUCUAUGCGAAAUUAAGAAUUAUUUAUUGACAAACCUUUUUAAUCUUUAUAUCACGAAUGAGUGAGUGAAAGAACGUGAGAAAGAGCGAUGAUGAAUUUUGUGGAGCGAACAGCCGCGGAACAUCCUCGUAAAAUCGAUACAAAUAAUGGUAGUGAAAUAGGCAUUGUUAAAGUGUACUGAACAAUUUUGAUUUUCCUUUAUAUCAAGUCCAAUUUCAUUUUUCAAUUGUCCAAAUUCCCUUACUGUGUUCUGUUAAUCCGGGUCUCAAGAACAAUCCAGCCCGGCACGUUGUUGGAUUUCAACGUUGGGGACACUACGUUAUCGUAUUGAAGAUAACUUUGAGUAGCGUCCGAAGAACAUAGAAAAUAUUAUCUCGAAAAGAGACAAAGGGAAAGAUUUUACAAAAAAAAAAAAAAAAAAAAAAAAUUCAUACGGUGUAAUUACAUUUAAUGCUAUAUCUUCUGGCUGAAUAUUUAAAACUGAGACGACGGUAGAGGGAACUCGUGUCAAUUUGAUGCAAGUACUAUUGCUAUAAUCUCAUAAAUGGUUCGCAUAAAACAUCAUCAUUAUAUUGUCAUAUAUCCUUCAUCGUUCAUAUGACACGUGUGAAUAUUAAAAUUAAAAAAAAAAAACCGUAUUCAAAUUGAAUAUAUAUAUAAAAGAAAAAAAUGAAUAAGAAUGUAGGAGAGAAAAAAAAGAAAGGGAAUUGAGCUGCGGAGGAUAAAAAUAUCCUGUGAAUGUGAAAAGAUCAUAAUUGUCUCGAGAUGGAGUUUUUCCAAUUUCAAAACACUUUGUACAGUACGGUGAAAUGCUCGAUCUUGAAAAAAAUGUUUAGGUUAAACAAAAGGUGGAAAGAGGAUGAGAAUUUAUAGGAUUAACGUAAGUAAUUGUAUGAUAUAGCCGCUUCGAGAUCGCCACCUCGUGAGAAGGAUCGUCAUUCUUUGGCCCAAAGCUUGGAGUCCCGUUAAUUUUGCAAUUUUUCAUGUAAUAGUGAAAAAAAUCUUGUUUAUUAAGCCACUGGUACAAUUCUAUUGGGAAGCCGUACCCGUGAGUAUCAACUUUUGAUUAAUUGAAAAUCGAAAAAUGCUAUUUCUCACGAUAAACCUCUCAGAUCCCCCCCAUGUCGAAUAAUAAAGAAAUUUCAUGAUAAAUCUACGCGAAAUGAUAUGCGCAAGAUAAUCUUUCAUAUAACUUCUCUUGCUCCUCUUUUUCCGUAUUUAUAUGGCUGCCGACGCGUUAAUAAUAGCGAAUAUUAUUUAUAUAACUGAUUCGUGCGGAGUCACUUGUAAAACAAAUAGCGUCCAAUAAAAUCGUCGAUUAUCAAUUCGAA